GUGUGAAUUGACCAUCGCGCGUUUGACUUCAAGGCUCGUCGCUGGCACGCAUCUGACCUCCGGAAUCGUCGGAGAGAAGGCAGAAAGAUGCACAUCAAGUCAAUUAUUAUCGAAGGGUUCAAAUCGUACGCGCAGAGGACGGAGAUCAAUGGCUUCGACCCGCUGUUCAACGCCAUCACGGGACUGAACGGAAGCGGCAAGUCCAAUAUUCUGGACUCCAUUUGUUUCCUUUUGGGCAUUUCUAACCUCACACAUGUGCGCGCCUCCAACCUUCAGGAUCUGGUGUAUAAAAAUGGACAGGGGGGCAUCACCAAGGCCACAGUGUCCAUCACUUUUGAUAAUUCCAACAAAAGCCAGAGUCCUCUGGGCUUUGAAACCCACGAUGAGAUCACUGUUACCAGACAGGUGGUGAUCGGAGGCAGGAAUAAAUACCUAAUCAAUGGAGUGAAUGCCACCAACACCAGGGUGCAGGACUUGUUCUGCUCUGUGGGGCUCAAUGUCAACAACCCACAUUUCCUCAUCAUGCAGGGAAGGAUCACCAAGGUCCUAAACAUGAAACCGCCAGAGAUUCUUGCCAUGAUUGAGGAGGCAGCAGGCACCAGGAUGUAUGAAUGUAAGAAGAUCAGUGCCCAGAAGACGAUCGAGAAGAAGGAGGCCAAGCUUAAGGAGAUUCAGACUAUUCUGAAUGAAGAAAUUACUCCAACUAUGCAAAAGCUGCAAGAGGAACGAUCAUCGUAUUUGGAGUACCAGAAGCUGAUGCGUGAGAUCCAGCACUUGUCCAGGCUUUACGUGGCCUGGCUGUUUGUGUGCGCCGAGGAGACCAAACUGAAGUCGGCCGAUAAUCUGAAGGUGAUGCAGGAUAACAUCAACAAGAUGCAGGCCAGCAUGGCCGAGAACGAGGACAAAAUCAAGGAGCUCUCAGCCCAGAUUCAGGAGCUGGAGAAGAAAAGAGACCAGGAGUUGAGUGGGGUGUUAAAAUCCUUGGAGGACGCUUUAGCUGAAGUGCAGCGUGUGGAUGCCAAGGCUCAGAGUUCACUGGACUUAAAAAAACAGAAUCUCAAAGAUGAAACCAAGAAGAGGACGGAGCUUUUAAAGACGAUGGAGGAGGAUAAGAAACUGCUUGUGGUGAAGGAAAAGGAAGUUUCUAAGCUGGCUGAGCUGCUUCAGGCUGUCCAGGAGGAAGGACAGAAGGACACCGCUGCGUUCGAGGCGGCCGAGCAGCACUUCAAGGCCGUGUCUGCAGGUCUUUCCACCAACGAGGACGGAGAGGAGGUCACGCUCGCCGGGCAGAUGAUGGCCUGUAAAAACGACAUUAGCAAGGCCGACACAGAGGCCAAGCAGGCUCAAAUGACUCUAAAACACGCUCAGGCUGAGCUGAAGUCCAAACAGGCUGAGGUGAAAAAGAUGGACAGUGGCUACAAAAAGGACCAGGAUGCCCUUCAGGCCGUCAGAAACAACAAAGACAAGCUGCAGGCUGAGCUGGCCAAACUCAACUAUGAAGAUGGAAAGGAAGAAAGUCUUCUGGAGCAAAGGAGGCGGCUCACCCGGGAGGUGGCUCAUCUCAAAGAGACCUACGAGCGUCUCAUGUCGCGUUUCCCCAACCUGCGCUUCGACUACAAGGACCCUGAGCGAGGGUGGGACCGCAGCAAAGUGAAGGGGCUCCUUGCCAACCUGAUCACAGUCAGUGACGUCACUUACUCCACAGCACUGGAGGUCGUUGCUGGCGGGCGGCUCUACAACAUCGUGGUCGACACGGAGGUGACGGGUAAAAAGCUGCUGGAGAAGGGCGAGCUGCAGCGACGGUACACCAUCAUUCCCCUGAACAAGAUCUCUGCCAAGACGCUCAACGACAAAGUGGUCAAUGCUGCAAAGACUUUGGUUGGAGAGGACAACGCUCACACAGCUCUGUCCCUGGUCGGCUAUGAAUCAGACCUGCGCAAAGCCAUGGAGUACGUGUUCGGCUCCACUCUGGUUUGUGACACCCUGGACAACGCCAAAAAAGUGGCUUUUGAUAAGCAGGUGAUGACCAAGACUGUCACUCUAGGAGGGGACAUCUUCGACCCGCAGGGAACUCUGAGUGGAGGGGCUCGCUCCCAGUCCGCAUCCAUUCUGUCCAGCCUGCAGGAGGUGAAGGACGUCCAGGACAAUCUGACCAAUAAGGAAGCUCAGCUGCAGCACAUCGAAAAACAGCUGGCUGGCCUUAAAGGAACCACUGAGAAGUACCACCAGCUGAAGCAGCAGUAUGAGCUGAAGGUGGAGGAGGAGCAGAUCCUGCAGGCUAAAGUGCAGCAGAGCUCGUUCCACCAGCAGCAGGAGGAGCUGGACAGGCUGCGCAAAGCAAUCGAGGACAGUGAGGAGACGCUGCGCGUCACCACGGAGGUUCAGAAGCGAGCGGGUGAGAAAUAUAAGGUGCUGGAGAACAAAAUGAAGAACGCUGAGGCCGAGAGGGAGAAGGAGCUGAAGGCCGCCCAGCAGAAACUCAGCGCAGCCAAGGCCAAAGCUGACGCCUUCAAUAAGAAGUUCAAGCAGAAGCAGCAGGACUCUGAAGCUCUGGCUCUGGAGCUGGAGGAGAUGCGGAGGGAGCAAGCGGGCUACGAACAGCAAAUUCAGGCUGUGGAUGAGGCCAUGAAGGCCAUCCAGGAGCAGAUAGACAGUGUAGCUUCUACCAUGUCUAUAAACAAGGAAGCGGUGCGUAAAGCCCAGGAGGAACUGGCCAAGCAGAAGGAAAAGAUCAUGACUCAUGACAAAGAGCUCAAGGAGAAAAGCAGUGAGGUGAAUAAGAUGAGGGAGCAGAACAAUAAAGUCCAGCUAAAGAUCAAGGAGUGUGAACACAACAUCAGUAAGCACCACAAAGAGAGUCAGGACGCUGCUGAUAAGGUGACUCAGAUGCUGGAGGAGCACGACUGGAUCCAUUCAGAGCGUCAGUUCUUCGGCCAGCCGAACACCUCCUACGACUUCAAGACAAACAACCCCCGCGAGGCGGGCCAGCGUCUGAAGAAGCUGGAGGAAACCACCACCAAGCUGGAGAGGAACGUCAACAAGAAGGCCAUGAACAUGCUGAACGAGGCUGAGGAGAGGUACAACGACCUGAUGAAGAAGAAGAGGAUUGUGGAGAACGACAAAGCUAAGAUCUUGCAGACCAUUGAGGAGUUGGACCAGAAGAAGAAUGAGGCUCUGAACGUGGCCUGGCAGAAGGUGAACAAGGACUUCGGCUCCAUUUUCUCCACUCUCCUGCCCGGGGCCACAGCGAAGCUGGCCCCUCCUCAGGGCUGUGGGGUCCUGGACGGCCUUGAGUUCAAAGUAGCUUUGGGUGACACCUGGAAGGAGAACCUCACGGAGCUCAGUGGUGGACAAAGGUCUCUCGUGGCUUUGUCUCUCAUCCUGGCCAUGCUGCUCUUCAAACCCGCUCCCAUCUACAUCCUAGACGAGGUGGACGCUGCUCUUGACCUGUCGCACACGCAAAACAUCGGGCAGAUGUUGCGCACACAUUUCAGACACUCACAGUUUGUGGUGGUGUCACUCAAAGAGGGCAUGUUCACCAACGCCAACGUCCUGUUUAACACCAAGUUUGUUGACGGCAUGUCCACGGUGAGCCGGACUGCGCUCAGCCAGAGUGAUGCUAACCUUCCUCAGAAGAGCCAAGACAAGGCUCGUCAAAAAAACAAGAGGAUCAAACAAGUGACCAGCUGAUCAGGACAAUCAUGUCCGACUUUCUUUUCAACAAUUUACAUCAGUUAUUGUCAAAUGCAGCAUCUAAUUGUAACUUGUACUCAUGUUUAUUAGUCAUUGCUUCUUACUCUAUAACACGUCUGCAUCAUGUCAUGUCUGGAUCUUGGAACCCUUUUCAGUCCCAUUCUCUUGUCUAUGUUGUCCUUUGUUUGGAUUUCUUUGUUUUUAUAUAU